AAUGUAAGAAUUGUAUGGAAUUUUAAUAAAAAAAAAUAAUAAUAAAAACUUAUAGGAUUUCAUUUAUUAAGUGAUGAUAAAGUAUAUGAAUAUUAUUGUGAAGAUAUCUAAUUAUUAAAAAUGAAAUCAUUAUUAAAUUAAUAAAUAUUCCAAGCACGAUUUUAAGACGAAUAUGAUGUGAUAUCUUAUAUCGGAAAAGGAAAUUAUGCUAAAGUAUAUGCAGCUGUACAUAAAGAAACUGGAAUAAAAUAUGCUGUAAAAUGUUUUGAAAAAUAAAAAUUAUUUGAAAUUGAUAAAGGAAUGCUUUCUUUAUAUAAUGAAUUAAAAAUAAUGAGAGAUUUAAUUGAUAAUGAAAAUGUAAUUAAAUUAUUUGAAGUUUUUGAAGGGUAAAAUAAUUUUUAUUUCGUAAUGGAAAUUUUAGAAGGAAAUUCCUUAUAAGACGAAAUAAAAAAAAGAUCAAAUAGUCCUUUUACAGAAGAUGAAGUAUAAAAUAUAAUUUAAAUGGUAUUACAAGGAAUUUAUUAUUGUUCAUCUAAAUAAAUAAUGCAUAGAGAUAUUAAACCUGAAAAUAUAUUAUUUUCUUAUUCCUAAAAUAAAAAACCAAUAAUUAAAAUAAUAGAUUUUGGACUUGCCUCAUAUGCUAAUGAUAUUCCUUAUAUUUUCCCAAAAUGCGGAACUCCUGGUUUCGUUGCUCCUGAAAUAGCUAAUUUGGUAGAUAAAACAUAAGGCUAUUCUUUAGUUUGUGAUGUAUUUUCUAUAGGAGUGAUAUUUCAUAUAUUAAUUACAGGCGAAGCUGUAUUUCCCGGAAAAGAUUUUAAUAAUGUAUUAAAAAAAAAUAAAGAUUGUGAAAUUAAUUGGAAUAAGAAAGAAUACGAAAACUUAUCUAAAAAUUGCAAAGAUAUAAUGAUGUGUAUGUUAGAAAAAGAUCCUAAUUAAAGAAUUUCGUGUUUUGAUGCUUUAAGACAUCCAUUUUUUAACAAUAAAAAUAAAUUAAAAAGGUUUUCUAUAGAUGCUAAUUUAAAUUAAAAUGAAAAUACAGACUAUGAUUAAAUCCCUUAAUUAAGGGAAAAAUAUUAAUCAAUGUUUAUAAAGCCUUUAAGGAUUCCAUAUAUUUAGAAGGAUUAGAUUAAGAAUAUAAUGAUUAUGGAUGAUGAGGCGAACACUUUAAUUUCUAGUGACCCGAUUAUUAAUGGGGAUUAGGAAACAGAUCAAAAGCAUUAUACAAUAGGAAACUUAUAAUAAAUGGAUAAUGCAGUUGUACCAAGAAGAUUUAGACUAUUAGAAGAAUUAGAACGUGGUGAAAAAGGAAUAGGUGAUUAAACAGUAUCUUAUGGUUUAGAUAAUGGUAAAUAUAACCUGUUUUUAUAGCAAAUAUUUUAAAAAAUAGCCGAAGAUAUGACAUUUACUAAUUGGAAUGGUACUAUAUUAGGUCCAUAUAAUACUUCGUUUGAAGGAAGAAUAUAUUCACUUAAAAUUGUAUGUGGACCUAAUUAUCCUAAUUAACCUCCUUAAGUAAAAUUUUUAAGUAAAAUAAAUCUUCCUUGUGUUAAUUAAUCUAAUGGUUAAAUUGAAAUAUCUAAAUUUGCGCCUUUGAAAAAUUGGAAAGUUACAAAUACUAUUGAAAGUGUUUUAAUUGGAUUAAAAAAUGAAAUGAAUGCAAAUAAAAAACUUUCUUAACCUGCUGAAGGAACUAAUUAUUGA